GCCAAGAUGCAUUUAGGGUACAGUGAAGCGUGAAGUUGCUGGAAGUGUUUGGUGUAGUCGUGUUUGGAGUAACGUGGCAAAUAAAUAAGGAUAUUAUCUCGUGCAGGGUAGGAAGGUGGCAGCUACUUGACUUUAAAGACAAGGAUUGUCAAGAUAGUGCCAAACCACUGCCUACGACAACAUGUUUUCUGACACCAUUCUUAUUGUUUUUAUAUCAAUAUGCACUGCAUUGUUUGGAGAAGGACUCACAUGGCUGCUAGUUUACCGAAGUGAAAAGUAUCAGAAGCUCAAGGCCGAAGUAGAAAGGCAGAGCAAAAAACUGGAGCGGAAAAAGGAGGCUAGGGGAGACGCCAGCGAUCGGCAACAAAAGAAGAAGAUCGAGAGGGAGGAAGAGAGGCUAAAAACCAACAGUCGCGAGCUCUCCAUGGUCAAGAUGAAGUCCAUGUUUGCAAUCGGUUUCACGUUCACUGCUCUCCUCAGCAUGUUCAAUUCAAUUUUUGACGGCCGGGUGGUGGCUCGUCUACCUUUCGAGCCGAUCUCGUUCGUGCGCGGCUUGUCGCACCGGAAUCUGGUGGGCGAGGACUUCAGGGACUGCUCCUUCAUCUUCCUCUACAUCCUCUGCACCAUGUCCAUCAGACAGAACAUCCAGAAGCUGCUGGGCUUCGCGCCGUCGCGGGCGGCCAGCAAGCAGAGCGGUUUCUUCCAGCCCCCGAGCCAGCAGAGCUAGGGCCGGCCGCGGCCGCCGCCAGCGGUGCUGGGCGGAAGUGGACUGGCGCGCGCGACGACUAUAGCCGCCCGGGGACCGCGUCGGAGGCACGUGGCGCGGCCUGCGC